AUAUGAGUUGGAAAAACCGUGACAUCUUCAGUGUUUAUUUACAUUCAUUUUCAUCGAAAUUGUUAUUUCUGUUUCCGUGAUAAACAAACGAAGCAAGAAAAAGCAAAAUGACUGGAGUGCACCCCUUUUAUUCCGUUACUCGUUCACCAUUCAUGGAUAUAAAUGGUCAAUUUGGAAACGUUCAACACAUUCCUAGGUGUCGAGAUAUGGAACUAAAUGUUAUGGAUUGCCAGGACGUAUACGGCAAAAAAGGACUGAUAAAACAAUGCAGAGACGUCUAUGAAGAUUAUUAUGAAUGUGUCUGGAAUGAAAAAUCGAAAGCUAGAAUUCUUGCUAUGGAAAAAGAGCGCACUCGUCAAUAUUUAGCUGGUGAAAGAGAUAAGAAGAAUAGGUAUGCAGAAACACCCAAGUUGGACAGCUUUCAUAAAACCUACGUGCAAGGAGAGAUGGAUUAGAGAUUUGUAUCAAAUUUACCAAGUUUAAAUUUUGUAAUGUGAACUAAAACAUCAUAAAUAGCUUUCAAACAAUGUUUUAUGUGUUCUUAUGUUUGUUCAAGUAAAAACGAGUUUGGAAUUUAGGUGAUUAAAUGUUAAAACUUUGA